GAGCCGUUCAUUCCUUCCAAGAACUCCACAGCCACAUCCCCUCCAUCUCCUUCGACGACAAACUGAAGACCAUCACGACACCGCCAUCACCUCUCCCGUCUCACCCUUCAAUAACGCUAAUUCGCCGACCGCUACGACCUUUGCCUCUCCCACCUCGAAGAUGCUGCCGACGAGCUCAAAGCCCUUCGUCAAGAGAACGCCGACCUACGCAUCACUAAGAACGACCUCGGCAUCGCUGAGUUCAAUCAGUUGUGUAUGCCUUUCUUUAUCUUGAGAAGAGAACGCUUCAGCCAGAGAAGUUCCAUUGGUAAAACUGGAUCAUUUGAGUGGAAUGAGGAGGAAUUACCAAAAAAUGAGAAUGAUGUCCUUAAAGCUGCUGAGAGUGUGCAUGCAAUGAUAGACAAAGAGGUCGCUGCUGGCAUAAAUCCUGAAAACAUUUUUGUAUGUGGAUUUAGCCAAGGAGGUGCUUUGACCGUAGCAAAUGUGCUUUAAUUCUUUAUCCAAAAGCUUUAGUGGAUGGGUGCCUUUCAAUUCAUCUAUCUUAGAACGAAUUUCACCUGAAGCUAAAAAGGUAUGCCACGGUGAAUAUUUAUUUUCUGCUGCCUUUUUUAUCAGAAAACACAACAUUCGUAUUUUGUUAUCAGAAAGCUAAUAAGGUUGCUUAGUACAUAAUUAUUAAGGCAUUCAUACUCAGAAUUUCUCACUUGGCUGGAAAAUGGAAAACAUAUCAAGAUUUUUAAACAUUAUUAAGGAUUUUCAUUCCCUGGUUAUAUGCAUGUUAGCUCUACUGUCGUCUACAUAUACAUUUUAGUGUGACUGAAAUUCAUUCAUUCCCACCAUAUAAGAUAAUUGUUUCCAUUAAUUUGUGGCAAAAAAGUGAGGGCUUGACUCACGUACAAUAUUCUCGGAAGACUUAAAUAGAGUGAUGGAAAAUUCUCUUGGGGCUCUGGAUCAGCUGCAGCCUUGUUGUCCAUCAGGUAUAUAAUAAAGAGUUUUCCUAUAAGUUCUUUGAAGGAAAACCAAAUGUUCCUUUUAUCUAUUAAAAUGUUGUUAUUUUUCAAAUGACUGAAAGUACAUUUGUGGAACUAUAUUAGAUUCAUUGACUUGAAGCGACCAGAAUGUUAUGUUCCCACCGAGCAAACCUUUAUGAAACAUGAUACCCUCCUAAGAAGAUAUACACUGUGCCAUGAGUGCGUGUUAAAUCAAAUUAUUAUGUUGCAAUGUCUCUUAGUCAGGAAAUUACUUCCCAAUAAUGGUAGCACUAACACAAAAUUGGAACUAAUUUUGGCAAGUUGGUAUUCAUUGAAACUGAGAGUAUACUUUUUAAAUUAGCUUUGAUGGAAAAACAAAUGAUUAAGUCUAGAGCAAGUUCUCAUAUAAAUAUUUAGGCUACGAUAGGUUGUAGUCUUUAAAAAUGAAUGUUGAUUUAUAUUCAAAAUCGACUAGAUUGAGAUGGUAGCAUUGAUACAAAAUCGGAAUUAAUUUUAGCUUGUUUUAUUUUACAAAUUUUAUUAUUAUGUUAAGUAAUAUAAAUUGUAUAUAU